AUGGUAUCUUAUAAGGAGCUUUGUGCCAUUGGCACGACUUUAAUUGUCGCUUCCAGCACCUUCAUCAUGGGAGUAUUCUACGCUAACCAAGCGUACGAUGCCCAUGUUUUGUUCAACCCUCAAGUGGCUCAAUCGAAUUUUGACAACAGUUUACACCACUACCAGACUCUGGCCGAAACACCCAUGCCCGUUAUCGGUGGUCUUGCGUUUGUUGCCUUCGUGGGUCUUGUGGGAUGUCUAAUUCGCAUCUAUAAGCCAAACUCAGAAUUGCAAACUUUCGAAUACGCUUCCCUUGUCAUGUAUGUGAUCGGGAUCUGUUUGUUUAUCACGAACAUCAAAACUGGGAUUGAAUCUGCUGUCUCUGGAGAGUGGGGCGAAGUGACCCCAAACCAGGGUGUGGCGGUCAUUGGGUCUUCCAACAUCAUUUUGAUCGUCGUCUUUAUCGGCGUUCUUCUGUUGCAAGCAGGUUUGACUUAUUCUAACUGGGAAUUCGAACAAAGAAUGACCAAAUUCUUGGCAGAAGAAGAAAAAGAGCAAGCUGCAUCUAACUCCAAGAAGGCUCAGUCGGAGGAGCCCAAGAAACAGAAAUAA